UUUAGCACAGAGAAUUCCUAUAUUACAGAUGUAGAAUAUAGGAAAUCAGUAUUGCAAAAUAUUGUGAAAAGAGCAAGAAUUUAAUAUGCAAUCGCUUUUAUAAAUACAUUCUAUAUGCAUUUUUAGAUAUAAAUAUAUAUGUAUAUAUGUACAUGUAAUAUGAGAAAAGAGCAAACUAGGUGAUUUUUGAGAAAGUGUAUAGUAAUUCUUGAAAGUUUGGACUUCAUUAAUUUGUUUCUCUGGUUAUUCAUGGUGGCUGGAAUAUGCCACUGUUCCAGGUAUGUAUUUUUGUCAUUCCUGAAUUGUCUUGUAUUUUCUAACAUGGAAGAGAUCCAAUCUAAUUAGGCAAAAAUGUAUUUUAAAAAAUUAAUGAUAACUGAAUUUAUUCAGCUUGGGGCACUGUGGUUGCUGAACUUUGAUAUACCAUUAAAUCUCUCCUAUUUCAAGGUGAGAUUACACUAAGUAAACAGCCUUGAUCUUACCCCUGUUGAUUAAUGAUCUGUAUUUACGCAAGUCUAAUAGUUGCUUUAAUGCACCAUGUAAAAAGUCAUGAAAUUCUAAAUUGGAAACGUAUAUUAAAUAAUAGCACUAUCAGGAGGACUUUAUCUCUUAAUUUUGUUGCCACAAGAGGAUAGACAAUUACUGAAUAAAUAGGCAGAAUGAUGGUAGCCGUGAGGUGAGCCUGCCCUCUGGAAAGGUGUUUGUUUCAUUGUGAGCAAAUGUAUCUGCAAAAUUAAUUUACCUCUAGGUUGGGUUUUGGGGGUCUUUUUGUGAUCUGAUUUAUUUAACCUUUGACCAUAAAAUUAUUUCUAUACUUGGAACAGGUUUGGCUAUCCAGCAGGCCACAGUACGCUAAGUAACAAGUGUGGAAUGACUUGAAGAACGGUGAAUUCUGAGGAAGAGGCAGCUGGUGUUUUGAGCCACUUCUAACUGAGGACUGAAAAUGCCAGCAGUUGAAAGUGAAGCAAAGGCAAAAACCAAAGUCCGCUUUGAGGAAAUCUUCAGACGCCAUGCAGGCCUAACAGAUGCAAAGAAAUCAAAGAAAAAGAAGUUUGACUCUCCGGAGAGUAUUGUGCUUGAUACCUUUAGAAAUAAAAUUGAUCUAUCUAAGGAAAGUGUGAAUGAUGAAGCAAUUAUAAACAACACAUAUAAUCCUGAAGAGGAGAGUCCGCGAUUUACAAAAAAUAAAUUGAGAGAGAAAGCAUCAAUUGCAGAGAAAAUAAACAAUGAUAUAGUUAGUGGAGAGAAGAAAAAGCAACCAAAGUCAAACAGGAAGAAAAAGAAAUCACUGUUACAAGAACAAUUUAAUGAGGAGGAAGAUUUAUAUGAAGCUAAAUUGGGGAGUUUUGAAAAAAAGACUAAUGAUUUUCCAAAGAAGAAAACAAGAAGUAAAUCACAAACAGAUGUACUUCCUCAAGAAGCAGAUAGAAAGAUUAAAAAUUCCUUGACUGAAGUGAGAAAUGUAACUGAAUUAGAAGAGGAAGAGCAGCUAAUUCAAGCCUAUCAGCUGCAUGUGGCUGAGGAUGAGGCAAAUGCAAUUAAAAAGAAAAUGAGAAAGAAACUUAAAGAACAGAUGUCUGAAUCUACCUCCGCUGUUCAAAGCCAUGAAGUUGCAUUGAACAAUGAAGUGGGCAAAAAGAAAAAAAAGAAGAAAGAAAUAGCAGUUUUAAGUGAAGCUGAAACAAGUGCAAUGUCCAUUUCUGAGCUGCAGCAUCAUCCGGAAAAAGAUGGCAAUGAAAGUCAGUCACCCGAAAGACUAUUUACAUCAGAAGGACAGACACUCAAGGAAAGCAUGGAUAAACAGAAACCUAAAGCCAGGAAGGUUAAAAAGAAAACCAGAAAAGAAGAAACCACAGAAGUUGCUGUAGAAAAUGAUGAGGAAAAGAAGAAUUCAGAAAUGUCAACUCAGUCUAAAUUUGGUUUUGCUGAUGAUCUGAUUUUGGGAGUUUAUAUCCAUCGAUCUGACCGACUUAAAACUGAUCUCUUGGUAUCUCAUCCUGUAGUUAAAAUCCAUGUUGUUGAUCAGAGAAGUGGCUUAUAUGUCAAGAAGGAUCACAGCAGCAAGGGGGAAGUUUCAUCUUAUGAACAAGAAGAAAUAGAGCACAUUAUUCCUAUUAUGACUCAACCAUAUGACUUUAGACAGUCUAAAUCAACAGUUCCAGAGUGGGAAGAACAAGUAAUAUUUAAUGAGCGUUUUACUUAUUUAACCCAAAACACUGAAGAAAACCCUCAGGUUAUCCUGUUUUUUGAGGUCCUUGAUUGUCUAAGUAUGGAUGAAGUGAGAGCCAACUCCAAUGUACAAAUUCAGGAAGGUCAUUAUCGAAAAAUUUGUUGGGCAUUUUUAAAGCUUGUAGGUGCAAAUGGAGUUCUAAACAUUGGUGGAAAACUUCGUCUGCAAUUAUAUUACCCACCUUCAAGGACCAAGUCACGUUCAAAUGUUGUUGAGGUUUAUGACUGGUGGGCAAAAUGUCCUAGAAAUCGUUACCCAUCAACUUUAUAUGUAACCGUAAGAGGCAUAAAACUGCCGGAUCAUGUUGCUCCUUCUUUUCGCUCUAUGAUAGCUGUUCAGCAGGAACAAAGUAAUACAGCACUGUCUGAGCUCCAGAGAGAGGGAUAUGAACCUUUUCCAGAGGAGAAAAAGGAGCCAUUUAAAUGGUCAAGAUUGCCUGGACAGGCUUGCCGCAUACCAAACAAACACCUGUUUUCACUGCGAGGUGGAGAUAUGGGCUGUUUCUGUGUUCGUUUCUCUCAUGAUGGGAAAAUGCUGGCAGCAGCGUGUGCAGGAAGGAACGGCUAUCCCAUUGUUUUGUAUGAAAUUCCUUCUGGACAGUUCCUGAGAGAGUUUUAUGGUCACCUUAACAUAGUGUAUGAUCUUUGUUGGUCAAAAGACAAUCAAUACCUUCUUACUGCAUCCUCUGAUGGCACUGUCAGAAUGUGGAAAAUAGAAAUGCAGGCGGCAUCUGCAGUGAGAGUUUUCCCUCAUCCUUCGUUUGUUUACACUGCAAAGUACCACCCAAUUGCUGACUCAUUGGUUGUGACAGGAUGUUAUGACUCAGUGAUUAGAAUCUGGAAUGCAAAUGUGAAAGAAAUCCAUGGGCAACUGCUACAGGAGCUUGAUAGUCAUAAAAGUUUCAUCAACACACUUUGUUUUGAUGCAGAAGGACAGCACAUGUUCUCAGGAGAUAGUUCAGGAUUGAUAAUAGUUUGGGAUACACCUGUCAACGGAAGUUCUCAACAUCUGUUUCAACACUGGAGGAUCAAUAAGGAAAUAAAAGAAAAUGAUAUUAAAGGGACACCAAUAAAUCAUUUGGAGGUGCAUCCGAAUGGAAGGCGUUUAUUGAUCCAUGCCAAAGACAGUAUCCUGAGAAUUAUAGAUCUCAGAAUCUUUGCUACGAAGAAAUACAUAGGUGCCACAAAUUACAGAGAAAAGAUUCACAGCACCUUAACACCAUGUGGUACGUUCCUGUUUUCAGGAAGUGAAGAUGGAAAAGCUUAUGUUUGGAAUCCAGAAACAGGAGAUCAGGUGGCCAUAUAUUCUGAACUCUCCUUCACAUCUUCACUUCGUGAUGUUGCCUUUCAUCCACAUGAACACAUGGUGUCAUUUUGUGCCUUUGGUCAAAAUCAGCCAAUACUUAUAUACAUUUAUGAUUAUAAAGUUGCACAACAGGAAGCUGAACUCAUAAAAGAUCUCAGUUCAUCACUUACCACAGCUGCACCAAGAGGGCCACAGUUCUUUAGCAGUUUUUCUGAAAUUCCUGUGCAAAAAAGCUUAGUGAUGUCUCCGGCAGAUCAGUUUGUCAGUGUUGCAAGAGCAUCAAUGAGAAUGCAGAAGGUGAAACAAAAACUUGAUUCUGUUUUGGCGAGCUCAAAUCUCUUGCUUCCUGCGCCAUCAUCACUGUCACCACACUCCAAGCUAAGACUGCCAGGAACUCUCAGCACUCCACUGAAUCCUCUGUAUUCUUUCACUACUGAAAGUGGGUGUUUCAGCCCAGUAGGAAAUCCUCUUAGCCGAACACUAUUGGGUAGACUACAGAUGAAUGAUGACAGCCUGACAGCACUGGGAGUGGGAGGAGGAAGCAGUUGUCCACUCCUGCAAGAGACAGUAGUGGCUCUUUAUGACUACACAGCGCAUCGAUCAGAUGAGCUAACCAUCCAUCGCAGUGACAUUAUCCAAGUGUUAUACAAAGAUAAUGAUAACUGGUGGUUUGGCAGCCUAGCAAAUGGACAGCAAGGCUAUUUUCCAGCUAAUUAUGUGGCUGGUGAAAAAGAGUAUGAAGAACAACCUUCAGAAUUAGUAUCAGAUUCUGCUCCUCUCCUGCCAGAAGGACCAACAGAAGCAGAGGAAGGUUCUCUGACAUUAGAUAAGAUGUCACCAGUCAUCAGCAAGUCAGGGGACCUAAAAUUUGUCUCCAAGCGUGACACAGAUAGAGACUCACCUGCAACACAAGGUACAAAGAAAAAGAAGAAAAGGAUACAGAGGAAUGAGAGAGAAAAUCAGCACAACUUAAUGAGUCUCGAUACUCCUCUAUCAUCAGUUACAGCUAAUGGUGUUGAAAAUGAACCUACAUCCCAUGGGGUGGAAUUGAAGAAGAAGAAGAAAAAGGCAGUGAGAGGCUCAAACUUAAGCACAAAUGGAAAGACAAAUACUGCCUUUGAGCCUGAAUGCCAGGACGUAUAGUCAUAAUUUAUUUCUGAAUGCUGGUGCGAUAUUCAUUACUCACAUUGAAGGCUCCAAUUUCGGUCUCUCCUCUAGGAUUAACAACAAACAAAGAAAUUAAAAUACUUAAAUAUGCAAAAUGCCACCUGUUGUGACUUACUGAUGGUGUUAACCUGCUUUGGGUGACUUUUGUCCUUGAAAUCAACAGUGAGGUUCAGCUCCUCACUGGACUGGAAAAAACCUGAAACUGUCAAAUACAACAUUUCCUAAUUUAAUAUCUGAUUAAACUUUCACUUAGGCAUUUCUGUAGGCUGUAGAUCAGUGAGCAGAGAAUCAAGUGAAAAAGUGUGAUCUAGAGCAAAACAAGCUCAACCACUACAUAUAUUAUUAAGUUAGCAUUCUAAAAUGUUGUAAGUAAAAUAGAAGAGUGUUCAGAACGGUAAAAUUCCAAAGAAGUGCUGACAUUAACGUGUACCUGAAAACAUAAGCUUUUUAAAAAUAUUUUUCUGACAUCAAAUACUCACUUGGACUGCAUUUUGCAGCUCUGAAGGGAAUUAACCUAUGUAACUACACUGUCUUCAGUAGGACUACUCAUUCUUAUCAAAGUAAAUAAGUGUUGCAAAUUCCAGACAGUUAUAUUUUUCAGAUGAGGUUUUCUACACAUAGUGAAGAUUCAUUGGAGUUUUGUCAGAGUUCCUGGCUGCUUUGGCAGCAGUCUUGCCAAAGAUACUUUGUUUUUGUCUGAAUGAAAUAUUUCAUAUCCAACUAUGCUGUUUGUUUUACUUGUAGUCCUUAUUCACUUGUGUCAUUAAUCUGUUUUUUUACUUGAGUAUUAUUUUGUGAACUUUUACUGAUGACUUCACUAAUUAUCUUUGGUAUUAAAUAAUUUAUGUUUUAUAUUAAAUGAAAUACUUUCUAGCA